AGUUGGUGCUAUGCAAGAAGACGGUUGCACUGAAUGAGCUGGUGUGUGCUGGCAAGGAAGAUAUGUUGGAGGUAUUCCUGCAGUGUCUGAGACAAAUGAAGGAUAAGGAUGCUGCAGCAAGUCUGUGUUUGGACUCACAGUAUCCUUCCCUUACCAUCGCACAAUCUGUGCUCUCUACCCUUUGUUUAGAGUUGGCUGGUGUUGACUGCAGUUUUGCUCGUUCCAGUCUUUCAGCUCUGGACAAACUGACAACUUUCCAGCUCAUCUGUGUUGAGGAGAGGUUCAGGGAGGACUGGCCUUCCUUCCACAAAGACACUUGCCUGCAGCUGGUGGCAUAUCUUCUCCAUGUUGGCCGGCUAAGUCAUGCUCGGCUAUUCUGGACCAGGCACCAGCUAGCAGUUGAGGAAGAGCUUGGCCAGGCUGACUUGGACUCACUGCUGCAACUAAUACCUUCUGAUUUGUCAUCGUUGCCUUCCUGGCUCUCUGAAACCAUCUUCCCUUUCUUUUUAGCUCAUUGUCCGCACCAAAUGACCCUGUUUCUGAGUCAGCUGACCACUGUCUUGUGUUGCCUGGAGCAGAAUGAUCCGGACAACUGGCCAAGGAAUGUACUGUCUGUGAUAGAGCAACUGCUCCUCUCCGUUUCUCAGCUACAUCCCAGUCAUGGCUCUCCCCCUGACAUCUCUCCACUCACUCAGCUGCAGAGGAAACUGCAAAAGUUAGCAUCCAUGCCUCCUAUUAUGCGGCGCAAGCUCUCCUUUGCAACAUAUGAUCAGUUCACUCCACCACAACUGGUGUAUCGGGCCUUGGACCAGGCGGUGUACACCAACGACACAAGGCAGCUCAUUGCUGGUCCUCUUGGUGAGUAUGCCAGGGACCAGCAACUCUGUCUGGAUACCAUGUUGGCCGACUACCUGAAGCUUUUCCUGGCCAGAGCUCCUGCGCAGUCUCCUGACUUCUCAGGCAGUCCCUGGGAGGCCAAAGCUGUAGCGGUGGUUGAAGGUGUUGCCAGCAGCGAGCUGCGGGUUUCCUGCUGCUUGCGUCUUCUCCACUGCGCCAGCAGCCCCUGGAGCAGUGCAGUCGCCUGCCUUGUGCAGAGCUGCCUACCCCUCACUGCCUCCUGUGCCCAGCAGCUGCAGAGUCUCUACAACUUGCUGCAGGUGCAAGAGAUCCUUCAGGAGAAGUACGGCAUUGCUGACUUCAACUUCUCUGACAGAACCACAGGAGAUGUGUACAUCAGACACAUUCUGGUGCAGCAGAAAUCUGAUGCGUUGGCGGAUGCUCUCUGGGUGGCCACGAAAUAUGGCAUAGCACACUCCAGGGUGUAUGUUCGGCAUCUCUUCCAACUCUGCUGUCAAACCCGGGUGGAGGAGGCAAGAGACAUGCUGGGUUCUCUCUCUCCUAAGAUUCUGUCCAGCACUGUACCAGCUGCCUUCUCUUUCUCUCUUUCUCGACUGAAGACGGCAUUUGUCCCAGACAAGACUCGGCCUGCCUCUCACAUUGGAGCAGCUAGACUGGCUCUACUCUGCACUCAACUCUCACUACCAGCUCACUGGAAAGGGCGCUGCAGUGCCCAACUCCUGCGACGUGUGCUGGAACUGGCAGAGGAGUUCAGUGUCUUCGUUAGCCCUAGCCAACUUACUUCUCCGCAGCACACCGCCCAACUGCUCCAUCAGGCUUUUGCCAGCAUCCCUUCUUCCUCAUCAACUAACUGCCUUUCUUGCAAGUAUUUGCGGUUGGCCCACCUCCUGGGCUACUCUGAACACGAGGUUUACUGUGAGCUGGUGAAACUACAGCAGACUAUUUCACUCUCAAUACUGCAGGAGUGCCCAGCAGAUCUGACGCUGCCACUGUUGUACUCGGCACUCAUUGGCUCAGACUUGUCUUUCUUGACUCCCUCUCUUGUCCAGGACUUCUCCUGUCUUGCAGCACACGUGUCGUCUUCCUGCUCAUCCAAAAACUUGCAGCAGGCUCUUGUUGUCUUCAAAAUGUACAGUCUUCUGCACGAUUUGCUGAGUGUGUGUGUGAGUGAAGAAGAGAGGGUCUUGUGGCCAUGGUCUGCCAGGCACAGUGAAUCAGGACUGCAGCUCGAGAUCAACUCAUCGUUUCUGCAGCUUACCCUGGCACUCUUGCAGCCACCUUCCCACAGUCAAGACCACAUCCCAGUGGUAGAUCUCCUACAGUCCACUGGUCAUCUGAACCUUGCCCAACACAUUGAAAUGGAGUGCCAGCUAGGCCUGGGGGUGGAGUCCAACCGUGGCUCUCUCCAGUCCUCCAUGCUGGAGAAGGUGUUGUCCAUGAGUAGAGUGGACCACAGCCUUGGGCUGGCUCUCCUCCUUGCAACACCUCCUGACACUGCUCUCCAACUACUGAACACCAAGCAGUCUUCCAUCAUGUCCAGCUACUCUCGAGUCAUAGCCUUCUGUGCACUGACCAUUCACUACUGCCAGCUAGUGGGUUUACCCCAACAGGUCAAGAGCACUGCAGUGGGUCUUAUGACUGCUGCUGUGUGGGGAAAGACCCUCAGAACAUACCAGGUGAACUUCUGGAAUGCCUUCAGAGGAGGGCCCGAGGAGAAGAAACGAGUGCUGUCUCAGAUUGUGCAUCUGAAGGAAGUCCCUCCAGAGCUGUUGCUGGCCUACUGCAGGACCUACGGACUUGAUGGAGCUGGAGCCACGCUUACUCGACUGCGCUUAGUCCUGACAGAGUGGGAGACAGAUUUCCAGGAUGGAUUUGCAGCAAACCUGGUCUCGGUUCGAAGACACCCGUUCAUCUCCUCACUGCUUACUACUUUCGUCACCACAAAGGUAUGUCCCUAUGACUACGAGCGGAUCCAGUUUGUACUGCAGGAGCUGAGGCUCAGAGGGGCCAGUCAGCCUCAACAUGACAAGAUGCAACUCAUAUUGUCUCUCCUGGUGGACUAUGAGAAGAGACAGCCACCUGCAGAGGAGGAGAGGAGCUGGCAUGCUGCCCAGUGUCACGGGGUGUGCAAGGCUGGCAAGGGCUUCUCUCCUCAGAGGUUACCACUCCACAUCUUCCUGGACCCCAUUCUGGGCCUCAAACACAUCUGUCGUGAGGUCUGCGGUCUGUCCUCUGUGGAAAGAUGUCUUGCCAUUGCCAAGCUCAUUGAUGUUCCUUUAGAGAAGUUGUACCACACAUUUCUAAAGUCACUUAACACUAGCAAAAUAAGCUUCGAUGAACUCGCCCCUUUUCUAGCCUCUGUCCCCCAUGUUGCAACACGAGUUGACCUUACCGCGGAGCUGGCGUCUCGUCUCCCUGGCAGGGAGCAGGUCUUGGCAUUGGAGACCGUGGUGGAGCUGGCCAAGGACUCGGAGAACCCUACCCAUCACCUCUCCUCUCUGGAACACCAACUGAGAGGGGCAAGAACAGCUGUCCUCCUGGAAGAGGCGGGGUUGGACAGACAUGUUGCCUCUGCUGAUUCUUGUGUCAUCUCCACACUCUACACUGAGCUACCAAUGCUGCAGCAGGACAGACCUUCUCCAACAGCAGUGCACCAGAUUGCUCACAAGAUAGCAGACGUUCAUAAUAUCAACAUUCUUGCCUUCACCUCACAGCUCCUACAGGUGUUCAAUUUUCUGAGAAAACGCAUCCAUAAUUUUGUGUUUGGUGGCCUCCUGUACCAUUUAUGCACAUCUGCAGGACUGGCUGUUCCCAUCCACAGUUGGUCGUCAAGAUCUGAACACCACUCUCGUGACGGAGAUGAAGGAGGCAAGAGACACAAAGGACAGUAGGUCACCGGACAACUGGAGAAGGAUGAUUUACUUGUUGACAGACAACCCACAUAUGGACCAUCUUGCUGGCGUUCUCUGCAACUGGGCUAAAACCAACUCCCCAAUGGUGGGGCUAUCGACUAGACAGUGUGCCUUGCAGCUGCUGCUCACAGCUGUUCCCCAGUCUGUGGUGGAGAGAGUCAGUGGAGGAAGCAUUUCUCACCUCAGGGACAAGAUGCAAGAGGCAGUGUUUGUGGCAGAGCUAGGCUCAGUACAGGUUGUCCUGAAGCCCGACGUGUUCCACUCCUGCAACAAGAAGUCAGUAGUGUUCAGCCUGGUCCAAAACAGAGCCGACAGUCCCAAGGCGCUGCGCCUGGCAGCUGACAUGAGUGUACACUACCGACUCCUGGACCCUGACCUGUGGACCAAACUACUAGCUGCACUGCUUGCGCUGAAAAUGACUGAAUUCCUUCAUGUUUUGCUGCCUAAGCUGGUUGGGUUAGGAGCUCACUACUCAGUUCCAACCUUGAGUUCUGUGUGGCAAAGAGCGGUGCAGGCCAGCUAUGAGACAGGAAUUGGGCAUGAUUGUCUUCCCGCACUCCACCUUCUUUACCAGUGCCCUGUGCUGUUUCAGCUGGACCUGCCUGCCAUUAUCCAGACCAUGACUGCAGCUGGAGCCCACAGCCAUGCCCUCUCAGCCUGUCUCCUGCUCCCAACAUCACAAAGGUCCUCAACCAUUGAGAUGCUGCUGAGUGGGUUUCCAGCUGAGAAGCUGCCACAACUGCUGGAGGAGGUCACAUCUUCGUCCUGCUCCGAGCUGUUUCUGGUGUGAAGAAUGUUCUGUCUGCCACUGGACCCUCUUCUCCAUCCUCCUCUGUUAGGUGGCAGAUGAGGUGUACAGCUAUGUGGACAAGAAUGGACUCUACGAGUAUCUUCUCGGCACCUCCUUCUUUACCAACCUGGUCCAGUUCCUGAUAGCUCGCUGCCAGCUCUCCUCGCUUCUGUCAAAUGUCCUCUCCAGAGGAAGGGUGUGGGAGGCAGCUCAGCUUGUGGAGAUGUACCAUGAUCAGCAUCAGGUCUCAGCCCCUGCUGGAGUAGAAGGUCUCAAGGCAUAUCUGAAGUGUGAAGGUCUAGAGAUUGAACUUUGCACAAAUAAGUCUCUUUCAUGAUCGUUGUGCAAACUGCAGCCCAACCCCCUUGCUACGACGCGCAUGCUGCAUGCGUAUAAGCUGUCACGACAUUGCGAGGCCAGCGGAAGACGGACGUAGCUAGUCUGUGAUCGUGAGGUUAGGGCUAAAUCGCUCAGUUGCGGAGGAGAUGAGUUCAGUGAGGGUAGCUGUGCGAGCCAGGCCCUUCUCAGAGCGGGAACUGGCUUCCAGCAGCCACUUCUGUCUAGAGAUGAAAGGCAAGAAGACAAUUCUCUACAACUGCGGAGAGGUGCACACUGGCAGGGGCAGUGCAAAGGAGUUUCAUUUCGAUCACUCAUACUGGUCUGUGGGCAAAGACAACGCUCACUGUGUAGGUCAAGAGCAGGUGUAUUCUGACCUUGGAGGUCCAGUGAUCAAGGCAGCAUUUGCUGGCUAUAACAGCUGUGUGUUUGCCUAUGGUCAGACAGGUUCUGGCAAGACCUACACCAUGACAGGCUCUGCCACAGAACCUGGACUGAUACCUCGCAUCUGCAAGGAGCUUUUUAGUCAAAUUGAGGGGAGUGGCUCAGGAGGAGACUCUGCCGUGUCCUAUAGGACAGAACUGAGCUACCUAGAGAUCUACAAUGAGAAGGUGAGGGAUCUACUGGCUGGGGGUAAGGCAGGACCGGCACUACGAAUUAGAGAGCACCCGAGGGAGGGACCAUAUGUUGAGGGUCUGAGUCAGCAUGCAGUGCACGACUACACAGGAGUAGCAUGUCUGCUGACAGCUGGCAACUCCCUGAGAGCCACAGCCUCGACCAAGAUGAACGACAGCAGCAGUCGCUCCCAUGCAAUCUUCACUCUGACCAUGACACAGGCUGUGCUGGAGUGUGGAGUACCCAGUGAAACAAGGUCCAAACUGCAUCUAGUGGAUCUAGCUGGCAGUGAGCGAGCAAGUGCCACAGGGGCAGAGGGAGUGAGGCUCAAAGAAGGCAGCUCCAUUAACAAGUCUCUUGUCUGCCUUGGAACAGUCAUUUCUGCACUAGCAGACAAGGCUGCUCACCAUGGCAAGAAGACCCUAUACGUCCCAUACCGAGACUCUGUUCUGACAUAUCUCCUGAAAGACAGUCUGGGAGGAAACGCCAAGACAAUCAUGAUAGCAACUGUGUCCCCAGCUUACAGCAGCUAUGGUGAGACUCUGAGCACACUUAGGUAUGCCAGCAGAGCUCGAGCCAUCAUCAACAAGCCAGUGGUCAACGAGGACUCAAGUGUGAAGGUCAUCAGAGAGCUGAAGUCAGAGGUAGAGAGACUGAAGGCCAUCAUCACCACACAGCACCUGAGUAUGGAGGUGGUAGCAGGAGAGAACAUGUCCAAGACAACUGGCUCUCUUGUGGCUGAUAUCCACAAGAAGGAGGAGAAGGUUGCUGAGCUGACCAAAGAGUGGGCCAGUAAAUGGAAGGACAUUCAGCAGAUCAUGAAGGCCCAUGAUUUGGCUUUACACUGUAAUGGAGCCAAGCUGGUGGUCCAUUCUGACCAUCCUCAUCUUGUGGGCGUUGACCCUGACAUCCUUAGCACUGGCCUCGUCUUCCUCUACCUCAAGGGAGAAUGUACUAUUAUGGGCUCACAGUCCGCCAAACCCCCUCCUGACAUUGCUGUGCCAGGGGCAGACAUUGCUGACCUCCACUGUCGACUUGUGGUGCAGAGAGGGAAAGUUGUCCUCCAUCCCCUUAAUGGAGAGUGUUUCAUUAACCGUGUCCUGGUCACCACCCCAGGUCGCCUGCGUCAAGGGGAUUUGCUCCAGUUAGGAAGCUCAGCUGUGUUCAGAUUCAACCACCCACAAGAGGCAAAGAGGCUGCGAAAAAGACAUAGUGAGGGUUUACUGGGCGCUAACAGACUGGCCCGACACAGGCGAGCUAGGACCAGGAGCACACCUCACACUCUCUCCUCUCCCCCUCCUUCACCAACCACUGCAUCUCCUGCUACGAGUGUGGUGGAGCUUCAUUCGGAGGCUGUGUUGAGAGCCUGUGACCCCACCAGUCCACCCGCAACUUCCCUCACCUUCUCCCAAGUGCAGAGGAGCCAGAAGUCUCACCUCGCUCUUCCUCUUGAGCUGGGCAGGAGUUUUGAGGAAUGGAAUUCACUCUCUCUUGCAAAGAUUGCGAUGAGUCCUCUCACCAUCUUGAGAACGUUGGUGACUCCUUACUCAGAUACACUACCUCAACAUCAUCACUCUGACGAGAACAUAGAGCCAGGCAGAGUGUCCUCUCCACCUUCCUGCUGGUGGAGACGGCUCCUCUGUGCCGUCCUGCUACUGUGCAAUGCUCCUUGGCUACUGGGUGUGUUUGGAACACUCACUGUGCCUGCCGUCAGCAUGCUAGCUAUGUUGGUCAGCUCCAUCAAGUUGUGUGCAGUUCUUCAGAAGUGUUGGCUAUCUCGUUGGCUGGCAACUGUUCUGGCCCUACUGACUACAGCACUAGUGACACCAGUGGUGGGGCUCUGCAGCAUCACCGUUGGAGCUGGCCUUUCUUCCCUGUCUGCCCUCCACCUCAUCCCUCCUAUACCCCAACAAAGGACUAGAAAACCAGUUUAAUUUGUGGUUAA